UUUUGUUGCAUGCUGAAGUGCCGAGGCGGGCUAAAUCUCGAGGCCAUGGGACCAGAUAAGCCGAGGAGGGUAUGUUACUAUGUUGACAUAUUAGUUUUAUGUCGUGAUUAACCAAAUACUCUUACUUUUCAGUCUCUCUUUCAUCGAAUUGCUGACUCAAUCACCGGCUUUGUUCCUUCAUCAAUUUUACCUGCUGUCAAUGUAACAUCCUUGAAAAACUGUGAGUUAAGUGACACAAAAGCCGGUCUGAAGAGAACCAAUGAAUCUGUUGAGAUUGACGGUGAGUUGGGACACAGCAGUAAAUUCUCGAGGAGUCAUGUACACCCGGCAUUCACCAGUGUUGACCUUGACGCUACCGAUAAUUCAGAGAGCGACUUCAGCUUGCGUUCUUUUUCUACCAGUGGAGUCUCCUCUUUAAUGCCGAGGUCAUGGCUUCCAGUCCCUAAACCAGAUCAAAAGCAGUGCACUGCAAUGUUCACACCAAGACUGUACUCCAAUGACAACUGUGCUAAGACCAGUGGUCGUCAUACGUUGGAGAAUGGUCUGUGUGACCAACCACUGUUGUUGAACACAUCUUGGAAUUACCCUGGGUCUACAUUUCCCACACCGAAACGUCAGAAAUUGUCUGAUACUUCGAGUCCUGGACCAACUUGUACAUACCGUCCUCGAAUAAGAACUACUUACGGAGGUGCUGCAAGUUGCCGAAGUGUUCGAGAGUUAUUUCAGCUUAUGCACAUCUUUCCAUAGUUGUAGUAGUUUUUGGCUUUACUGAUGCCCGUAUGUGCUGCUUGUUUUACUACACCGCUGAAAUUCGAACUUUGCAAGGAACAAAAUUCACAGGAAAGUAAUCUAAAUGUCAACAUAAGUUCAACUGCUAGGCGAAUUCUGGAGACAUUGGAGCACUUCUCACCUCCACUCGCUUCUGGAACAUCUCAGUCUUCUAGACCACGUCACAUUAAGAGGGUGAAGGUUCCUACCAGAUGUCAUCGUUUCCCACCGUUUUCUGGAGACUAUCAAAUGAUGAACAUGUUAUCGAACGAGUAUGAAAGGCGACACUUACAAGAAAGCGAGAAUUCAAAUAUGACACACUCCAGGACAGAAACACAACCUCCGAAAUGUUAUGGAGCGUUUGGGUUCAAUGAAAAACAAGUUGACAAGUGCGAAGCGAGUGAGUCCACUGGUGGUUUAGCCACUUCCACUGCUGAAUUAUGUCGCGAAGUCGCCGAAAAACCGUCACCCAGUUUCACGUUUUCAAACCCUAUCCAUAAAAUCUGUGGAAGUGACUCUGAAAUUGUGUCAUUUUACAGUACAGACCAGAGGUAUGUCUUCAGCUGUCCAAGUCGUUCAUGUACGAAAUGUUCGUCUCAAUCACUCGAUUUCCCCCAGCGAUUAAGUGUUCUACAAUCAGUCAGCCAAGUUGGUUCACCUGACAAAUCAAAAAGCAUGUCAGCGUGGCGUUGUGAAACCUGUCUGUUGGAAAACAUAGACAGUUCUGUCACUUGCAAAGGCUGUUCCAUUCCAAAGCCUAAUUUAUUGAAGUGUACAAAAGUGACCUGUCCACCUUCCAUUUCAUUACCUUCCACCAUGCCUCCAACAAGUGACGUACAUGUUACCACCAAAUCAGCUUCUAAUUGGGAGUGUCCUACAUGCUUGGUAUUCAAUGAUAUGAAGGAGGCUAAAUGCGUCUGUUGUCAAACUUCAAAGCCCCCAUCGAAGAUGAAAGGUUCCUGGGAAUGUCCGACAUGUAUGGUACAAAAUGAUAAUGAAGUUGACAGAUGUCCGUGUUGCUCAACUGAAAAGCCUGGUUCGAAACCUGACAAGCAGACUCUUAAAGAAACUAUUAGUUUUCCCGCAUUGACAAGCGUUCCUCUUGGUAAUUUCAAGUUUGGUUUCCACUUACCUACGGCGGCUAAUUUUAAAGAAUCAAAUGCGGUUACUCCAAGUAGCGCUGCUUCUAUACAGGUUCAUUCUGAUGCGUCUAGUAAGAAUUUAGGUUUUUCUUUUGGUGUCAGUGAUACGGUAUCCAGUCAAAGUGAACAAAUAGUAUCACCUAGUUGUAUUUCAUCACAAUUACAAGAUGACAGUACGGUGCAAAUUAAACCAUCGAUGCAGUUGAGAAUUGCUAAACACGAGGAGACUAGAGGCGCUGCAGUGAACUUUUUCUCGGGUGCUGUGUCUGUUCCCAAAACAUCUUCGAGUUUUCUCCAGAAAUCUGACAUUAUUCCCGAGAUGUCAUGCUCCAAGGGAUAUGUUUUGGGCAGUGAACUUCCGAGUGGUACCGAGAAGACGAAUAUACUUACAUUUGGUUCAUGUUCAACAUCAGGAAUUAAUGGAUUCACACUUACUCCAGAUAGGAUCAACGGAAGUGUUUUUCAGUUUGGAACUUCCAAUACAAUAAGUGGCAAUCUAUCUAGUUCGAACUCGUCUUCAACUCCUAUAUUUUCUUAUCACAAUGCCGAUGAAAGUGUUGAAGUGCGGAAGAAAGUACACGCAGUUCGGCGAUUACGGCGAUGAAGAAAAAAUGUCCAGUGAUCUCUCGAGCAAAGUUGACACUUGACGCUAUACAUGAUAUGUCGAAAAAGCUCUCUGUAUAUAUUUAUUUCACAUUUGCUGUUAGCUUUUGUAUUGUUAUUCGCUGUAUUGUCAGUUACUUCAUUACAAGAUUUUUUUUAAUGAUUCACAGCCUUGGGAAUUUGAAUAGUGCCGUUUCCAAAAGUGGUAUAAAACUUCUAAUGUUUAAUCGUUAACUUUAUUUUCUUAAUAUACUCUGCAAAUAUACAUGGUUAAUAAACUUUGAUGCUACGAAUUCCAUUGUUGUGCUUACUCACUUAAUGCUUCUCGGGAUAGAAUCAGCUAAAUUUUGUAGUUUACAAUCAAAAUACAUCUUAGGGCAUGAAGUUUUCCACAACAUUAUGUAACAUUUUGGCGUUUUGCAACUUAUCGCUGUUCGAAGUUCGCUUACUGUUUCGUAAUGCUUCAUGAAUGUGUUUGUAUGAAACUUUGCGUUGGAAUUUUCAAAUAGUGUUGAGAUUUUCUUGUGUGAAUGAGGUUCCGUACAUACUGCCGAACUGCGUUGACAGUCAACAUACUGUUUUUAUUCAUGUGAAGUUUAC